CUCCUCCUUCACUGGGGAAGCCGAGUCGAGUCGGGAAGCAAAAAGAGCCGCUCCCUCUCUACUCGCUCAAGUAGAAACGAUUUCCAACAUUAUUAGAUCAGCUUGCUCUGUGAUCGAUUGGUUCUUCCGUCUCUGAUUGAAGCUUGGAUUGGUAGCUAUUAUUCUGAGCUAAAAUUAUCUUCUUUAUAAUUCAUACAUGUCUGCACCAAAUGAAGAUAAUACUCAGCUUUCAUCUCAUUUUUUUGGGGAUCUCCUGGAUUCUAUAAUUGUUGAUGUCGCAUCUGAGUGUCACCGGAUAGCAAAGGUGGGCCUUGAUCGUAACUUGGAGGAAGAGGAAGAAGAAUUGAGGUUGUCAGCACAAGCCCGAGCAUCGGUAGCUGAUCCCAGUAACAGUGGAGAAGCAAACAACAAGUAUGUGGUGGAUAUAUUUGGACAAACACACCCUCCUGUAGCCAAUGAAAUAUUUAAAUGCAUGAACUGUGGGAGAUCAAUUGCGGCUGGGAGGUUUGCUCCUCACUUGGAGAAAUGCAUGGGAAAGGGUAGAAAGGCUCGUCUCAAGGUUACUAGGAGUAGCACAGCUGCACAAAACCAGUAUUCACGAGGCAGCCCUGUUUCGACAUAUUCUUCGUAUACAAAUUCUACCAGCACAAGUCGGUUAUCAAAUGGAACACCUGGUUUUGCAGGUGAGGAAUAUUCAAAUGGGACAUACGAGGGAGAGCCAUGAAGCAAACUUGAGCAAAGGCAGUUAACAUGUCACAAACUUCAGUGUGAGCAACCUGAGUAAUGCACCUAGUUAAAUUAAAUUCCAAGCUUUCUCCACAUCUAUUUGAGAAUUUGUUGGGAAUAUUUAACAUUGUUUAGGUGAACUAGGCCAUUAAUUUCGGAUAAGAGGUAGUUCAUGCUUGUUUGGAAAAUUGAAGGCGACAUUUAAAAAGAAAGAUUGGAUUUAGAGAAGCUUCCCAAUUCGUUUGAACUGCAUGUUGCAUGUCUUUCACUUUCUUGUUCAUGUGUUAAACUUCUAUCAAAGGCAAAAAGGGGAAAGUAAGCAAGAAAAGGGGCUGAAAGAAAUAGAGACAUGAGGGGGAGGUAAGGUUGCAGAUUGAUUUUGGCCUUCUGGGCUGCUCUUCUAGCUGAUUAUGUCUCUUAAGGUGAGGAGACAUCAAAGUCGAUGGAACUCUCAUUUCAACUACUCUGUUGGGUUCCAGUAGACGGCUGAAUGUGUAUUUCAUACACAACUGAUGUUUAAUGCUUCCUCCUUCUCUUUUACUUUAAGAUAACUUCCAAGGGAGAUUUAAACCAAACGAGUUCUAAGAUAAUGACCGAGGUUUAAUAUGAUAAAAAAGUCGAUGGAAAGCCACAUUUUUUCAGUCCUUCCCACCAACAAAACUUUAUUCUCUUAUUUGUCAAUACGUUACAAAAUUGAGGAGAAUUUGAUUUUGCUCCUUGAAACCGAGGAUCAUCUACAGAAUUUUUGUUUUUAGUAGUCUGCAUCAGAGCUAUCACAAACUCCUCCGCUUAGCCACAAGGGAUUCAAUUUCAAUACCAACGGUAGAAAUUGAAGAAUUAACCAAUAUAAACAAAACCAUAAAAGGCUAAAACAUACAUAGAACAUUGCUGUAAUUGUAACAAGUUCCAUCGCAAGGAAGAUUUGAGUGAACCAACAGUAGCAGAACACGUCAAAAUAGAGCUUCCAGCGAGAACAAUCUUCCAACUAAUUGGCAACUCGAAGACUAACUUAGCAAGUGAAAGUAUGAAAACCCAUGUAUCAUCAUCAACUGAACUAUCAUCUUCAUCCCACU